AGUAAUUUUAAUUUGAAUUGUGUUGCAUUGUUGGUGCGUCAACUUUAUCCGGAUAUUCGUGUGACAUUUAUUUCCUUUGUUUGAUCACAUGAAAUUUAAUAUUAUCUACAUGAUGUUACAUUGUAAUAUUAUUAUCAGACGUUCUUUUCAAAUACUUGCAGAGUUUGUAAUUUAUUAACACAGAUAUGAACUAUUUCAUUUUAUUAUCUGUCUUAUUGAUAACAAAUUUUUUAUUGGACUCAAGUCACUGUGAUCGUUGUUGUACUAUUAAUCUUCGAAAAUUGCCAUCGUAUAAAUUAAGCCGUAUCGGAGCACGUUCGGAUGAAACGAUUAUUUCAAGAAAAAUAGUUCAUAAUUUGUACGAGUGUAAGGAAUUCGCUGCAUCGAGGAAAGCAUUGGCGUUUAACUUCGGCCUAAACAUCAAUUUAAAUGGUGAGGAAACACAAACAAAAAAUAUUAUUAUACAUAAAACAUUCUUUUUAAUAAAAAGUAUCUUGCCCUCUUUAAUUAAUAAAGGAAGUAUCAUUAGAAAUCAUUUGAGAAAUGAAGCUUCAAACAGAAAUCUGUGCCAGGCUUUACAAUGUCCAGAAAUAUAUAACUCUUCGUCAUUGAUAAGAGACAAGAAUUAUCGGUACUACAGCAUUUAUCCUAAUUACAUCAAUUCUGGAGGAGGCACAAUAGUUUGUGUACCCAAAGCAGGAUUAUUUAUGUUAUCGAAUAAUAAUUUAAAUUAUACUCAAGCUCAAAUGUUUUGUCAGAAAUUGAAUGGAUCACUUGCGCAUGUGAUAAGCGAAGAACGUAUGAAUGGCUUGGCUAAGUUUCUUUCGCAUAAGAUUCCAAGAUACGUUGGUCUAAGUAAUAAUGACGACGAAAAAAUUUGGAAAAAUUCGUUCGAUGAACCUUUGUUGUGUUUCGAAUAUCGUGCAUGGGGCACAAGAGAACCUUCUAAUUCAAGAGGAUGCGUUGCUAUUCUUACGUCUUCAUCUAAUUCAUCCAUUACAGCUUUUUGGAAAGUUAUACCUUGUUACGUUUCAUUACCUUAUAUAUGUGAAAUUUUUCCACAAUAUCAAUAAAUAAAAAAUAUAAUAUUAUAACAUAAUUAUAUAAUUAUAUAUACAUAUGGAUAAUAUUUGUAUCAGGGUAAAUAAAAGUUGAAUCUACUUA